AUGACUGUUCCCGCUCUCAUUCCAAGAAAAGCCAUAUUCGGCAACCCCACUCGCUUGCAACCCUAUAUCUCUCCUAACGGCAGACUUCUCGCUUAUAUCGCUCCAAAGGAUGAUGUUCUCAAUAUCUGGGUUGCUCCCAUUGAUGAUUUAAAGAACGCUAAAUGCAUCACAAGCGACACAAAGCGCGGCAUUAGACAAUUCAACUGGACGUACAACAACCAGAUCGUGUACGUCCAGGACAAGAAUGGAGACGAAGGCAUGUCAAUCUACUGGCAAACCUACCUGGUCGACAUCGAAACGGCUCAGGUUCGUAACCUCACCCCAUUCGAGGGUACCACGAGUACCCCAAUCAAGUUUUCACUUGCUCGUCCCAACGAGAUACUCAUCAUGCUGAAUAAGCGUGACCCUUCAGUGUUCGAUCUCUACCUUGUCGACCUGACCACAGCUGAGUUGGAGUUGAUUGAAGAGAACACCGGGAACUUCAGCGACUGGCACUGUGCGGAUGAUCUUAAAGCUCAUUUCACAGUUCAAGUGCAACCUGAUGGUGGCAAGAGUGUUCUCCAAAAGAACAAGAACACUGGAAAGUGGGAACCAUUCCUCACCUGGGAAUUCUCAGAUGCAGUUAGUGAAUUCCAUUCACUCAACAAGGAUGGAACCAAAGCCUACUUGCUGGAUAGUAGAGGACGCGAUAACAAGGCUUUGGUAGAGAUAGACUUGACGUCUCAGGACAAGGUUCUCAGACUUCUUGGAGAGUCUCCUAACGCUGCCGAUAUCAAGGAUCUUUUCAAGGACCCCAAGACCGGAAGUCCUAUUGCUUUCAACGCCCAGCACGCCACCACAAAGUGGUGUGUUCUGGACGCUACUUACAAGAAGGACUUCGAAUACCUCGAGGAGACGUUUGCAGGAGAAAUCGACAUCGCCUCACAGUCUCUCGACAAUUCCAAAUGGGUCAUUACCCAGAACACUGCAUCUGGCAUUCAAUACCACAUCUAUGAUCGCGGAACAACAUCGACAACAUUCCUGUUCCAUUUUAAUGACGAGCUGCUCCAGUAUUCCCUCAACAACAUGCACCCUGUUGUGAUCAAGUCCCGUGAUGGCCAAGACUUGGUUUCGUAUUUGACGAUCCCAGACCAUCUUGAGGAUCCUAAGCGCCCCGGUCGUCCCAUUCAACCUAUCCCGCUUGUUCUCCGCGUCCAUGGUGGCCCUUGGUGGAGAGACAGCUAUGGAUUUAGCCCAGAACACCAAUGGCUCAGUAACCGUGGCUUCGCUGUCUUGAGUGUGAACUUCCGUGGUUCCACCGGCUUCGGAAAGAAUUUCGUGGAGCUCGGAAACGGACAGUGGAGCAAGGAUAUGCACACAGAUCUUAUUGAUGGCGUCGAGUGGGCUAUCACUGAACGAAUUGCAAUCCGUGAGAAGGUGGCCAUUUAUGGUGGCAGCUAUGGAGGCUAUUCCACGCUUGCCGGUCUGACUUUUACUCCUGAUGUGUUCUGCUGCGGUGUGGAUAUUGUUGGUCCCAGUAACAUCAUCACUCUUAUGGAAACUAUCCCACCCUACUGGAGUGCCAUGUAUCGGCAGCUGGUCCUCAGAAUUGGCGGAGAUCCUAAAACUGAGGAAGGACGGAAGUUCCUCACUGAGUGCUCACCCUUGACUCACGUCGACAAAAUCAAAAAGCCCUUGCUUAUUGGUCAAGGUGCUAACGAUCCUCGUGUGAAGCAAGCCGAGUCGGAUCAGAUCGUUGAUGCCAUGGUGGCGAGGAACAUUCCAGUUGGAUAUGUCUUGUUCUCGGAUGAGGGUCACGGAUUCGCUCGCCCUCCCAACAAGAUCGCAUUCAAUGCCAUUAGCGAGAGGUUCUUGAACAAUCACCUCGGUGGAAGACGUGAGCCCCAUGGAAACGACUUUGAGGGAAGCACAGCAAAUAUCUUGCGAGGAAAGGAGGAUUUGCUGGAUUAA